GGGAGAGACCUUAGACUGGAGAUCUUGCUUGGGGGUGGGGGAACGGAGUUUGCUAUUUUCAUUUCGGCGGGUUCAGGGAAAGGGGUCCCAAAAGGCUUCUGAUGGUUACAAAAGCGCGGACAAGAAGACAACAACGGGCAACUUCUGGAUUUCGAUACAAUUCUGCUUUGGGCUGUCCAUCUCUUUUCGACAACUCCCAGACUGUACUGUUUCCACUUUCUUUUUCGCUGCACAUCUUCCCCUUUUCUUGCUUUCGGCCCUUGAUACGUAAAGACCUUGUCAUGUUCGGAAAAAGGAUUUGCGUGGCCUUUCGUUGGCGAGGGGGUGGGUUCCGGCUCGUGAUUCCCGGGGGAUGGAUGGAUGGGGGUGCAAGGUUGGCGCUGGGGGUCGGGGCAGGUCAUACAAAAUGGGAUACCUGGUGGGCUUUGAGCCUGAUAUUUUGGAUCGCGAGCAUAUGGGAUGGUGGGUGGAGUCCGGGAUGCCCAGCGAGGGCAUCUUUUUUCACUUUCUUUCUUUUCUUCCGUUCUUUGCCUUCCUCAUCUUGGAGAUGCUGAGUUCUACUACCUGAUUUUUUCGAAUAACUGGUCACAUACUCCUCCUCCUCCUCUUCACAGAUAUCAGUGCGAAAUACGUCGGGUAUGCGUGGGGUCUUCAAGAUUGGGGUCGAUGCUCAACUGCACAG